AUGAGAUUUAACAGUACCAGUGACAAAACCAAUGGUCAGGGAUGCUAUAACGAAAGUCAUUUGGAGCUGGUCCUGAAAUUACUUAAAGAUCAACAGGAAUUUAUGGAAAGACAACAAAAAAGCCAACAAGAAUUUAUGGAACGACAGCAGAAGUAUCAACAGGAAUUCGUGGAGAGGCAAUUGGCUGAGCAACAGAAGAUCAUGCAAAAGAUGAUAGAUGAUCGACAGGACUUAAUGGAGCAACGAUUAAAGAAGCUAGAGACCGAAACGGAGCAAAGAUUGAAAGAGUUGGAGACUGCAAUGGAGCAGAGAUUGAAAGAGGCAAAAACUACAAUGGAACUGAGUCGGAAUGAACAACAGAUUGACAUGGAGAACAAAUUGAGAGAGCUACAAAAUGCCAUAGAGGAGAUGAUGAAGGAUGAACAUGAUGGUAUGGUAAAGAGAUUGAAUGUUCAAAAGGAAGUCAUGCUAAAAGGUUUCAACAAUGAACAGGUCGCCUUGUCUAAGAGAACGCAACAACUCGAAGCUACUGUGAGCAUAAUUGAUGGGAAACAGUUAGGAAAUGCCAUCGAUAAAAAAGAUGUCGCAGAGGUCGUUCUCGGGUUAAUUAAGCAUGUUACAGAGCAUCAGAAGCAGCUCAAGACUAUGUCUAAAUCUUUGGAUGAGGCGAUCAGUGCCAAUAAAGUUAUGCGUAACAAAUUAAGGAGGGAGACUACUUCCUUGAGACAACUGCGAUCGACGUAG